CUGUACUACAGGGAUGGAACAUAAGUCACAGAAAUUUGAGGUUGUGGUGACAGCUGCAGAGAGCUAUUUGGGUGUGCAAGACUUAACAUCAGAAGAGUUACAGGGUCUGUUAAGUGGUGAUGUCCCAUCCUUUCAGGUUGUUGGCAUGAGUUAGGACUAAAUAGAUUUAAAUAGUGGAGUAGGGUGGUGUUAUUUUAAUUUUAUUUGUUUUGAGAAUUUUCUGUGAGUGUAGUGUUAUAGUAGGGUAUUUGUUUAUCUAGUAGGUGGCGUUAAUGCAACAUAUUGGAUGCCAACCGCCGUUAAACCUCAUCGAAGAAGAAGUUUUUCGUAGGGUAGACUCCUCCCUGCUGCAGUUCACAUGGAAGAUGUCACUUGAACUAGCCACGAAUUUAUGUUGGGGUCUCCACAAGGAAAUGGCUGAGGGAUUACGUAGUUUGUUUCCAAAUUGUACAACUCUGACGUUACUUUUUUAAUCCUGGACGCUAAUAUUUUAAUUACAAUAGCAUUAUACCAUCGGAUAUGUGUGUUUGAGUUUAGUUGAAGUCAAUUUGGCUAACAUAACGGGAAACGAAUCAUUUCGAGAAUCUCACCUCGGACUUGCUGCUGUUAGUUUACUACCUAGCGAUAACACCUGAUAAAGCUAGCUAAAUAGUUUUAAGUAAUUUGGGACAGUUAGCAGUGAUGGCUGGUAUUAACUUGAGGGAGGCUUUUACAACCAGAUAACUAAUUUCUUAUACGAAAUACGACUAAAGUACAAGCAAGGUAAAGGAUAAAACUGUCAACUUUUUCUUGAAGUUGUCUCGAGCGAAAAUGAGCAAUUGUACCGUUAGCAUCUAGCUAGCAAAUUAUCUAACGGUAGCUAGUUGACAGUGACUUCCGUGGAAAUUGGGUAUGGUGUUGCAACUUUGUAACGUCAACGUUACCUACUUUAGAUUUGUUUAUCAAUUUAACUAGCUACAGUAUCUGAUUUAGCAUAGCAUAGCAUGCUAAUGAUGCGGGAUUCAACUGUGAAUUUCAGUGUUCUCCAUAGAACUUGCAAAUUGGUCGUCAUUCUAUGUUUUCUCCAUAUUUCGGUCACUUUAAUUUUUUACGUGAGGUCGUUAGAUAUAAAAUUUUCGUUUGCACAAAAUCAGCAAGCGAACACAGCGAAAAAGCAUGACCAAACUACAUCAAAGGACACCAAACCUGACGUGGUUGAAACGAACCGCUUUUCUAUAGACAACGUGACAUCUACACUCACCAAAGAACUUGUAAAAUGUCUUGACACUUCGCCACUGCUUGUGGGCCCACUGCGAAUUGAGUUCUCUAACCCAGUCAGCCUUGAUGUGGUGAGGAAGGAGAACCCCAAUCUUCAGAAUGGGGGGCGCUUCAAGCCCAAAGACUGUGUGGCCCUCCAGAAGGUGGCUAUCAUCAUCCCUUUCCGCAACCGCGACGAGCACCUCAAGUUCUGGCUGUACUACCUCCAUCCCAUCCUUCAGCGCCAGCAGCUGGACUACGGCAUCUACGUUAUCAACCAGGACGGUGAUGAGAUCUUUAACCGUGCCAAGCUCCUUAACGUUGGCUACACAGAGGCCCUGAAGGAGUACGACUACGGCUGCUUUGUUUUCAGCGAUGUGGACCUCAUCCCCAUGGACGACCGCAACACCUACAAGUGCUUCAGCCAGCCCAGGCACCUGUCUGUCUCCAUGGACAAGUUUGGCUUCAAGUUGCCGUACAACCAGUAUUUUGGGGGUGUGUCGUCAAUGAGCAAGGAGCAGUUCCUCAAGAUCAACGGCUUCCCCAACAACUACUGGGGCUGGGGAGGGGAGGACGACGACAUUUUCAACAGGCUGAGCUCCAAGGGGAUGACCAUCUCACGGCCCAGCGGCGCCGUGGGGAAAUGCAAGAUGAUCCGCCACAACCGGGACGGUGGGAACGAAGACAACCCUCAGAGGUUCGACCGUAUCGCCCACACCAGGGAGACAAUGAACAAAGACGGCAUCAAAACCCUGUCGUACAAAGUGGUCAAAGUGGAGAAGGAUCAAUUAUACACCAAAAUUACUGUGGACGUGGGAAAAAAAGACUGAGAGAACCAAUAAAACAUGAACAGCCUUGACAACCUGUGGUGGAUGCGGUAACCAAAUGUGCCUUGACAUUAUAAAUAAUGAUAUGCCUUGGACUCUUUGGACUACAGAGAAUGACUGAUCUGAUCAGCAAACAAAUGUUCCCUUUAUUUUCGGCCUUUGCACAUCCGAUGGUGAAUUGAACUGGGAUUCCAGCUUUUUCUUCAUAGGAUCCAUAAAUCAUUGACACCAGGAAUGACCGUUGACAUUCAGUACAUUGACACACUGUUGGUUUCCUAUUGGGCUUGUACGUACUCCUCUCUCUCUUUUUGAAGAUUGCUGCUGCGUCAAUGUCCUUUGUGAGCCAUUUUGUCUUGAGGGGGGGGGUUGUGAAAUGAUUAAUUGAUUGUCCUAUGCGUCGGGGACUCUCAAAUAAUUAAUUUUCUUGUAUGUCUAUUUCUUUCCAGUACUGUUGAUGUUGUCGUUUUGGCAUCAUCGUAGUUUUCUGUCACUUUUGGGAGAUGUAUUGCUAUUCCUUUUGAUGCCUUUGCUGAUCGAGCAGGGUUUCAACCCAUUCAAUGCCAAGUGCUCAGGCCAAAGAUGGAACUCUACAAUUUGAGGUUCAUUAACAAACCAAGUCACUUUUUUUUGUUCAAAGGCAACCAAACAAUGAUCUUAAGAUUUGUUGUACUUUUGGUACGUUCACAACCUUUUGAUGGAGCAUCAAAGGGCCUAGAACUCCAAAAAUAGGUUGUUUAAAAGUCCAAAUCCCAUGAUAGUUAUAUUAGAGAAGGGGUCCUUAAGGGUAUUUGAACUAUCUUGAAAGUGUCUCCGCUGAAGCACCCUUCCCUGUGAAGAGCACCAUUCCAGGUAGCCUCUAAGGAGGCCUCUCCCUGGUGGAAAAUAGGUACCUGAAUGUAUUUGCCUGGUGGUGUUGUGUGUGCGCCCUGAGGUAAAAUGCUACUAUGCUGUUGUCUGUCACGAGUGGCUGGCGUUCUACUUUGUUUGUGUUGGUCUAAGAGAGUGGGUUCUAUGCUGAAAAGGAUCCUCUUGUAGUCCGUGUAUGUCUAAGGAAGUGUGAGGGUUAGAAAAACAAGCAUUUUGUGUCCUCAAUACGUAGUAAUCAAUACCUUAAAGACAUCCGCAUGUUCUUAAACUGGACGGUCACCAUGUCUUCCUCACAGGUACUUUAUAGAUCCCUCAUACAGUGAAAAUGACUCAAGCUUGUAAGCUUUGGGGCAUGACGUUGCACAAGUAAAGUUAGUAACUCAAUCUUGAGGGAAAAAAGCCAUUAUGAUUUCUGACUGGAUGGACCAGAAUAAUUGUGCUGUCCAUACUUAAGCUUACAUGUUUGCCAUUCCUCUCCUGAUUGCUUCUUAAUUAUAUCAGUGCUGGUGUCUGGAGAAUCUAUAAAAUGACUGCCAUUUCUGCCUUACCCAAAUAAACUUGAAAAUAUAAAUUAAUUGGUCAACAUUUUUAUAUUGACAUUUUAAUCAUUUAGCAGACACUCUUAUCCAGAGUGACUUACAGGAGCAAUUAGGGUUAAGUGUCUUGCUCAAACGCACAUUGACAGAGUUUUCACGUAUUUGGCUCGGGGAUUCCAACCAGUGACCUUUCGGUUACUGACCUCAACUUUAGAGACAAUACUAUACAAUGGACCUUGGACCAUUUUUAGUAGGAGGGAUGAGUUUACAUUAAGCUCUGAAGCAUAGUCAGUAAUUCCCCAGCUGUUUCCCAAAAGUGUUUUCCCAGAUACUGGACAAUAGUUGGCUGCCUACUGUACAUUCUGUAGUAAAUGUUCCAAUGAAGCAGCCAAGCUAUAUGUACACACACGCAGCCUAUAGUUUCCACUAUAAAGUAGAGAAUGGUCGUGAUGUCACUGGGUUCCUCUUCAAGCUGUAAGCCUUAUGGGCUCGGCCAGGAAACCCAAUAUCGGGGGCUUCUUCAACUAUGGUGGAACGUUGCGUAUAGAAAUCCUUUAUAUAGAAUAAGCACAAUGUACAAUCAUGGCGAGUGGAGGAUUGUGUCAGCUCCAUGCAACACAUUUCUAUACUCUAAAUUUGGAGUGGUUGCCACCUUGAGUAUAUCUUAAAGGCCUCAUCACCACAUACCUCCUCACUCUGUCUGGUAGCCACACACAAACUCUCUAAAGACAUGGGAGAUGCCUUGCAUGCAGGGAUGCAUUAUGUGUAAUGCAUACCAUUUUAUAUAAUUUUCUCAAUCCACCCAAAGGCUCUUUCAGGGUUGAAAACUAAGGUCUUUAUAGGUUGGCUAAAGCCAGGUUGUGUACCUCCCAUAGACAAUGGCCUUUAUUGAGAGCCAGCAUUUUGUAUGUCAAGUGUGAAUUCAGUUUGUUUUACAAAAGUUAGCUGGCUAAUCUGCAAGGCUUCAUCACUCUGUUCUUCCUUUUUCUCUUCAUGUUUUCCAUUAUGAUUCAAUGUGUGCAUGUAUGCUUGUGAUUUCUACAAAUGCGUGUCUUUGUAAAUCUUUUGCUGGCUCCACAUUUUCAUUCAAAAAUGUAUACUGACUUGCAGCAAUGUUUUUGUGUCGAUUAAAAAAUAAUAAUAAUCUA